UCACUAAACCCCACCCACUUUCUCUCUCUAAAACCUUUCCUCUUCUUUCUCUCUCCCAUUCGAGACUCUCUCUGUUCUCCCUCACGAUUUUCUCUCUCCUCUCGCGAAAACCGCCAUCGCAGCUCCAAAAACGGCCGAUCAACGUCCUUCGCCGCCGGUGUAUUGCAGAUUUAAGAUGACUGGAGUACGAAACCAAUACGAACGACGAAGCAAACACAAACACGACAAACAAGCAACAAAUCCAGUCGAUACUGAAGAAAGGAAUAAGAAUGAACGCGCCAAAGAAACGGAGCCAGUUGUCCCGCAAUCACUUCUGAACGACAUCAUGAACAAUUUAGAGGAUCCCGAACAUCACACCAAUCAAGAAACUGAAGUUAGAACCAAUGAAAAAAGCAAUGAUAAUGGAAACCAAGAACAAGAGUCUGAUCUCACUCAAGGACGGAAAGAGACUGUCAGGGAUCCCGAAGAUCACACCAAUCAAGAAACUGAAGUUAACACCAAUGAAAAAAGCAAUGAUAAUGGAAACCAAGAACAAGAGUCUGAUCUCACUAAAGGACGGAAAGAGACUGUCAGGUUUAAGACAAAACAUAAUCUCUCAAAUAGAAAACAAGUAGAUUAAUUAGACUUGAAUCAAUAACAUGUAUGU